AUGUUCGUCUCCGCCCUCCUGACCUCCGUGCUCCUCGCCACCGCGGCCGUGGCAGCGCCCUCCCGUCUCGCCCAGCGCCUCGCCCGCCGCUCUGGCUCCCGCCUCUCGCGUCCCCUCCAGCCGGUCGACGGCCUGCUCACGAGCACGGGCAACACCACCCAAACACAGUACAGCGACAACUGGUCCGGCGCUGGCUCGUUCACGGCUGUCACCGGAACAUUCACCGUCCCGACGCCCUCUGCAGGCUCGGGCAGCGGCGACAGCUACUCUGCCUCCGCCUGGGUCGGCAUCGACGGCGACACCUGCAGCACCGCGAUCCUCCAGACCGGCGUCGACUUCACCUCUCCGGCGGCCUGGUACGAGUGGUUCCCCGACUCCGCGGACGACUUCUCCGGCAUCUCCUUCAGCGCGGGCGACUCUGUGACGGUACGCGGCACGGCGGUGAUCGAGAACACGACGACGGGGCAGAAGGUGUCGAAGGACCUCACGUCGUCCGCCGCGCUCUGCGAGGAGAACGCGGAGUGGAUCGUCGAGGACUACGAGGAGAACGGCGCGCUCGUGCCGCUCGCCAACUUUGGCACGGUCACCUUCACCGGCGCAGCCGCCACCACGAGCUCCGGCAGCGUGGGCCCGAGCGGCGCGACGCUCAUCGAUAUCAAGCAGAACAACCAGACGUUGACGGACGCGUCUGCGGACUCGAGCUCGGUCACGGUGAAAUACGUCUGA